UGGGAAGAAAUUGGUGAGGUGGAUGAAAACUACGCUCCGAUACACACAUACCAAGUAUGCAAGGUAAUGGAACAGAACCAGAACAACUGGCUAUUGACCAGCUGGAUCUCUAAUGAAGGGGCAUCCCGCAUCUUCAUUGAGCUCAAAUUCACCCUGAGGGACUGUAAUAGCCUUCCAGGAGGACUUGGGACAUGCAAAGAGACUUUUAACAUGUAUUACUUUGAAUCAGAUGAUGAAGACGGGAGGAACAUCAAAGAAAACCAGUACAUAAAGAUCGAUACCAUCGCUGCCGAUGAGAGCUUCACGGAGUUAGACCUUGGCGACAGAGUUAUGAAGCUAAACACAGAGGUGAGAGAUGUUGGGCCGCUAACGAAAAAGGGAUUUUACCUCGCUUUCCAGGACGUGGGUGCUUGCAUCGCCCUGGUCUCUGUGCGGGUGUACUACAAGAAAUGCCCAUCGGUGAUCCGCAACCUGGCCCGCUUUCCUGACACCAUCACGGGAGCGGAUUCCUCGCAGCUGCUAGAGGUGUCGGGCGUCUGCGUCAACCACUCGGUGACCGACGAGUCACCGAAGAUGCACUGCAGUGCUGAGGGGGAAUGGCUGGUGCCCAUCGGGAAGUGCUUGUGCAAGGCAGGGUAUGAGGAGAAGAACAACACCUGCCAAGUAUGCAGACCUGGGUUCUUCAAAGCUUCACCCCACAGUCCAUCCUGCAGCAAAUGUCCCCCUCACAGCUACACGCUUGAUGAAGCAUCCACAUCUUGCCUGUGUGAAGAACACUAUUUUAGGAAGGAAUCAGACCCACCUACAAUGGCCUGUACAAGACCCCCCUCUGCUCCCCGGAGUGCCAUCUCAAAUGUUAACGAGACUAGUGUCUUUCUGGAAUGGAUUCCCCCUGCUGAUACUGGUGGAAGGAAAGAUGUGUCUUAUUAUAUUGCAUGCAAGAAGUGCAACUCACACUCAGGUCUGUGUGAGGCGUGUGGCGGUCAUGUCAGGUACCUUCCCCAGCAAACCGGCCUGAAAAACACCUCUGUCAUGAUGGUGGAUCUGCUUGCUCAUACAAACUAUACCUUUGAAAUUGAGGCAGUGAAUGGAGUGUCCGACCAGAACCCCGGAGCCCGGCAGUUUGUGUCUGUAAAUGUAACCACAAACCAGGCAG